AUGCCGCCCAUCCGGGCCGACCACCGGUGUAUCCGGAAGAGCGGGUCUGCAUCGGUGCCGGAGGUGGAAGAGCGGGCGAAGCAGCCGAGGCGGACUGCUCCCCUCACCAAGCGUAACAGCCCAAGCCAUUCACGCACGCCGAGCCCGAACCAGCAGGCUCCCCCUUCCUCAACCAUCGCCACCGUCCAUGCCGCCACGGCGUACGGUCACGUGGGUGCUCGGCGCAGCCCGUCCUCCAAGGCGGGCGGCAGCACUUCCCGGAGCGUCUUCCCGGACAGCAGCGGCGGUGGUAGCAACGCCACAUUGAGCGGACCCCGGGAGAAGCGCAGUGCUGACCAGACUCGAAAGGGGUACAACCUACCACAUGCGCACUCCCAGCGCGGGCUCGGCAGCAAGAGCCCGGCGUUUGGGCCCCCGCACAAGGUAGCCGCCACACGCAGCAGCAACAGCAGCAGCGGCGGGGCUGGGGCGGGUGCCUCCUGGGGCGCUUCCUCUCCCACGCCCGCAGGCGGGAGCGGCAGCAGGGCCAGCUCCUCUCCAACACCAACACCGGCUUCUGUCAGCAGCUCCGCGAGGGGUCAUUCUUCGCCGACUCUUUCAAGAGUCAUCGAUGCGGCGGCUGCGGCGGCAGCAGCGGACGGCUUGCAGCAGGCAACAGCGGCGACCAGCUCUUCUUCUGCCGUGUGCGCGUCCGCAGCAGUGAUGAUGACGCUGGGCUCGGCGUCGACGAUGGCGGGCGGAUCGGGAUCAGCAGCAGGAUCUGGAUCGGGGGCAGCAGGGUUGGCGGCGGCGUCUCGACAGCCGUCUCCUUCGAGGGCGGAGGCUCGGGAGAUGACUCUGCUGGAUCGCGUGUUCUUGGAGCAGCCGCACGAGGGCCGGGUCGACGUCGAGGGCGACGACCUGCACAUGGGCGAGGCCGGGGCGGACGGGAACCUCAGGGAGGUGGUGAGCGGGUUUGAUGCCAUGGAUCUGGACGAUCUUGACAACGUCGACCGGGCGCUGGCUCUGCUGAACGCCAAGAAGCAGUGGAUCAUCGCCAAGCAGUACGCGGAGGCGCAGCAAGCGCAGCAGCAGCAGCACCGCAACAACUCUGCGGCCGUCGUGCCGCCGCAGCCCCCACCCCCGCAGUCCUCCUACGGGGGCUCGAGCCGCACCGGCGGCGGCGGCGGCAGCGGCGGCGGAACCGGAGGGAGCAGCAGCAACAGGACACGCCGCUCGAGCGGCCGGAGUAGCAGCAACAGGCACGGGGGAGAGAGUUCGCCGUCUACCGCAGGCGGAAGAGGGUCGCGCGGGCAGCAGGGGAGGCCGCCGCCGGUGCCCGGGCACUUGUCGGCGUCGACGGCGGCGAUGCGGCGCAGCUCUCCAGGGAGCAUCGCGAGCCUCGCGGAGCUGGACAGCUACUUGGAGCACCACCACCGUCGUCUGGUGGAGCAGAGGACGUCCUCGUCGCGCGGGUGGGACCCACCGAACCAGCGCGGCCCGGGGUACAAGCGGGACCGCGAUCGCGUCGAGGCCGACGGGGGCUGGGGCGCGACCCUUCGCGGGUUCCGGGGGGGGAACAACGCCAACCGCGGGGGCGGAGGGGGCGACGUGGAUGUGGACAGCAGCAGGGGGGGCGGUUCGUCGGCCUUCAUGGGGGUUUCGGGAGGUACGAGCCAGACGUCAACGUCCUCCCCGCCGCCGUCCAUCAUGUCCUCCGACGACGUGUCGGUUUCGUCGUACGGGCACCCGGUCACCGUCCUCCCGGGGUCCCCGAACAACAUUCACUUCAACGGCAGGCCGCCGCCUUCGCUGGCCAAGAUCAGGCUCGAGGCCGUGCGCUCGCCGGCCGUGCGCCGCGGCAGCCGCUCCGGCGCGGGGACGGCGCGCAGCGGGAGGGGGGGCAGCGGUGGGGGCGGCGGUGGCGGCGGCGGCGGCGGCGGCGGCAUGCGCAACGGAGGGCCGAUCUUCACGAGUCCCGAUGCGUCUAAGCACGUGCACGAGCUGUGCAGCCCUCGUUCGGCCUUCACGCCGCGGAGUGCUUCCUCGGUGUCGUCUCUGGCAUCGUCUCGCGGGAGGCGGUGACUGGGGGGGGGGGCUUCCACGAGACGAGUGGUUUCGAGGCAGAGGAAGGACCGCACGCUCUUCUUGUAGACUAGAUGGAUAGUUCAAUCGGCCCGCGUACGCCGUGGAUCGUUCAUGUCGAAAGGAGCGUAUGUGAAGAAGUAUGACGGAGAUGAAGAGGGUAUGGCGGUAGAAUUUGUCUCUGUUUUGUGUCGCGUCGUGUUGUACGUUUGUAGUAACUUUUCGAUGUCAAGAGUAGGAAAAAACAAAAAAACGCUGGAAUGAAUCUCCUCGUGGGAAUAGGAGAGAGCGACAUUUGGUGCGGUUGAAGCUGUGGGCGGCAUUUUUUUCGGGCAGCGCUGCUCUCAUGUCUCGUCUUGUUCCCCGAUCUUGACGAUAUUGUUUAGUUAUUCCUGGAGAUGGAGGUAAUGUGUCUUUUACUUCCUGCUUUGAGAUAUUGCGGAAACAAUAUGGAGAGGUCUAGAGACCCCCUUUUUUUUUUUUUGUGCCCCGGAGUUUCGGUUCUGCGGCGAAAAUGUACAAGAAAUGGGCCGUCACGGUGCUGCUACGAUUAUCAAGGGUUUGGUAAUUUAUCUACAUUUAUGAAGAUGGCGAUGGUCGCGAUUUGAGAGCUAUUUUUAGCACGUUUGUAUCGGCUCGGCUUCUGGGUCAGUGUUUGGUAGGUAUUGAGUGUUUUUAAGCCUUGGGACGGGAGAGGGACGGGGAAAUGUACGUUUCAGUCUCCGUGUUGAUGGAUAGUCGUUGAGUUUACGAGAGAAAGAAGGCAUUCCGGGCGGCACCAGUUGCUGGAAGUCGACUUCUCCUAAAAACCAAUCUUGUUUUGUGUUGCAGCUGAUGCAUCGGGUAGGGUAGUGACACACGCGUGUGCAUGUCAUGUCAUGUCAUGUUGCUUUAGGUGACAGCGACAGCUGUACGGCAGUUUGGUUGUGUUUUUCGUUAUCGUCGCCAGCUGUCUUUGUAUUUGUCUCUCUCUGUCUUGUCGUUCUUCUUGUCGCGAUCUUUUGCGUAGGGCUUAUCUCGGACGGCAUCUUGAGAGUUGUCGGGAUUCGUUCCUGCCAAGGAGGUCUGUCUAUCUCCUCUGCUCACUUAAAAAAAAAUCGAAAAUUGUGUUGAUGUUUCGUGUCUGCUGAGGAGCCCCGGCCGUUGUAGUGGCAAGGGGUAAAAUGUUUUCGAAAUUUUGGUUGUUGCGUCUUGUGGUGGUGUUUCAUGACGCGGCGCUCUACAGUAGUACCAGUAUUACUUCCCUACAGCACGGGGAUUGCUAUGUAGGCAGUAUAAAAGUCCCUCCAGGGUAGUUAUUU